UCUGACGGUGGUAUCUUCACUAUGCAACUGAUGGAAAGUCGAUAAACGAGGCGCGAUCUCUUAUUUUUAGUCCGGCGUUUUACAAUAAACUAUUUAUUCUUCGCGUACCAGUAGUUCAACUUCCAACUCAACUAAACAUGUAGGCGAAUGACCGACGCGCGCGGCUCAUUUGGUGCUGUUUUAUUUAUCAACAUGAUUCCUCCUGCCAACAUGAUCCAGGAGGACCCUACGGGGAAGGAAAACGCACAGGAGGAGCGUGAGCCUCAGUCCCCCACAUCUAUCAGCAAACAGGAGUCAAAGCUGCAGAGGCUAAAGCGUUCACUAUCCUUUAAGACCAAGAGUUUUCGCAGCAAAAGUGCUGAUAACUUUUUCCAGCGGCCAAUUGAGGAUGGGAAGUUUAAGUCAGAACUGCUCUCAGACAUCAGUAGCAGCACGGGCCAUCUGAGCACCAUUGGCGUAUCCGUCUCCAUCCCAGCCAUUUCUCUGCCACCACCUCCGCUGCCCUCCGUAAUCCCAGGCAACCUGCCUAUCACGAUCUGUUCCCCGUCCCGGGCCCCACGCCAGACGGACCCCAAUGCGCACACCUUUCUGGAGCAUAUCUUUAAGAAACCCCACUUUUGUGACAUCUGCAACCACAUGAUUGUAGCUUGCCAAGGGGGAGCAGGCAAAGUGUUUGGUCCCAAUGCAAAGCUGGGUCUCCGAUGCAAGGCCUGCAAGAUGGGCAUCCACCACAAGUGCCUGGAUGGAGUUGGACAGCAGAAAUGCAUGGGAAAACUGCCCAAAGGUUUUAGAAGAUAUUCCAGUUCCCCUCUGCUAAUUCAGGAACAGUUUGGCUGCAUCAGGGAGGUUAUGCCCAUUGCUUGUGGCAGUAAGGUUGACCCAGUGUAUGAGACAUUAAGGUUUGGAACCUCUCUGGCACAGAAGUCUAAGCGGGCCAGUGGAUCAGAAUCACCACAGAGAAACUCUAAAACUGUGGCAACAAAAGGUGUGGUUGGUAGACGGAGACACUGACCUAAAAUAGAGGUGCACCUAUAAAUUGGCCGAUGAUGCUUGCUUCUCAAUGAAAUUCGGUGAAAUGCCGCUACAUCCAAAAGCCAGAGGGCGCUCUUGUGCAGAAACUCAAUAUGCGCUGCAGACGAAAAACCAUACACACGCAGCUAUGACACGCAGCUCCAGGAAAUAGCUUAAGGAUAUAUUUAUAUUGCUGUUCUUCAAACCUUUUCAGGUAUGUUCAUGAUAAUAAAGAAUAUCUAUAAUGAUUAUGUUUGACGAGUGUUGCUUGUUCAAAUGUAUGUAAGGAGUAACUGAUCAAAAGCCAUAGUACAUGAAAUAGCUGUGGAUAAAAUGUGGGUGUGAUGGCUACAGCAUCACACAGGAAAUUUUUAAUAACUUGUUUUAUUUUCGGACCAGGAAUACUCUUAAAUCUAAAAAUAAAAAUAAACUAAACGAAUGGUUGACAAGUUUAAUAUGCAUUUUAAAUUAGCAAAUGCACACAUUUAAUUGAUCACAUAGAAAUUAAUGCACUUGCAAUAUGCAACGUGGGUCCGGAUCAAAUUCCCUUCAUGUCCGGACUUUGAGAACCCCUGAUCUAGUGUAAUGCAUACAGGGCCGGAGGCCACUUUACAGCCCGGGAGUUUCAGGCCCAAGACGGCCCACUUUUUCCAUAGUGUAAUUUUUUCAGAUUGGAUAAAUGAAGCAACAGUUCAGCUCUUACUAUUGUGUAGUUUUUAUUAAUAUCAUGGUUAAACAAAUAAGGUAAAGUUUAAAAAAUAUUUCACUUAAGAUGAGAAGUUAACAAAAAUAUUCCACUA